UCCUCCCAACAGAGGUGUUUCCCUCUCAUCACGUGACCCAAAGCUGGCCCUGUCAGUGGUGGUUCUCACACGAUCUGUCACUGUUACAUAUGUCCUGUGGAGAUUUGACAGUUAAACACGUCUGUUAUAAAAUGGAGAAUAGUGGCUGACUGGAAGGACAUCUUCUAGAACUCUAGACCUUCUAGAACGACACUGGACAGAACACCUGGCGAGCACCGGCCUCAAUGAUGAGUGGAAUUACAAGAACUACCUUCUACGUUGUCUUGACACUGAAAGAAUGCUCUUAGGUUCAGGGAUAGCCAUCCUCCUCCUCCUGGCCACUACCAGUGCACAGCCCAGCACAAAGCCCUGCCGGUGUUCAGCUCUCCAGCCUUCAGGGCUACAGGUUAACUGCAGCUCCAUGAGCCUCAUGGAAGUGCCCCUUCUCUCUCCAGACGCCACAGAGCUCUACCUCCAGGACAACCAGCUGUCCACAGUACCCUCAGGGCACUUUGACAGGCUGCAAAACCUGAGGAGGGUCACCCUAUCUGGGAACCCUUUCCACUGCGACUGUGGCAUCCAGUUCCUGAGGACCUGGCUGAGGAGGAACUCAGCUGUCGUGUCUGGUGGGGUGCCCACCUGUGCCAGCCCCAGUGGUGUGGCACAUACAGCAAUCACUGCGCUCAGUGAUGCCUACUUCUCUUCCUGUGCCCAGCAAAGCUGUGCAGGGUGGGUGUAUGACACCAUGGUGGGGGUGAUGCUGUGUGGGCUCAUCGGCCUGCUGCUGUGGGGUCUGAGGCUGGCCAAGAACUCCACCUUCACUCUGGACAUCGAUCAGAGACAUGCAGGGUUGGAGGUGGACUCUCUGAGGUCGCUGAAGCCCAAACACAGGAGGCUCCAGAGGACUCUAUCUGAGGAGAGGGAGAACUCUGCCUCUCUCACCUGGACAAACGACCCAGAGAGACCGCUGAUUAACAUGGAGAUAUUGCCCCAAAUACUGGACGUAUUGCACACGAAACACAAUAUAAAGAUAAAGACAAUAUAAGAUUUUGGGAUGAUUGUCGUGGACCAUGGGGUGACUGGGGAUUUAAAACCUAAGCUGGCGAUUGAGUGUUUUACCCUCUGUUGGAAUGCCAUUUAUCAGACUGUUUUGGCUCUUGCCUUGAAUUGAUUUUCUUUUGUCAUGAAGCCUGUAAAAUCAUGCUCUGGAACUAAUGUCUCCCAUUGUUAUGUAACAGAUUUGUGUUUUACACUUGUACACUGUAUCUCUCCAAUACAAAUGAAUGUAAUUGAGUAUAAAGUGCUCACGUCAAACA